GCCUUGUAUUGUUUUGUCGGCGUCGAUUUUUUGCGCCUUCAGCCUUUGUCGCAAAACAUACAGCAUUUCACCGCCCAUGUUUAAAUACAAAAUAGGUGUCGAAUGUAGAGACAUUUUUUUCACGUAGGAGCGCGAUUAUUGUUAGGAUGAUACAUCGGACAAGUACACAAGUGGUAAAGAGCAAGGAAAUUGAUGCGUCGUCUUGACAACAUAAACGUACAUAAUACUUUCCAUUGUUGCGAUCGGUACCGAGACUGCGCGAAAAAAUUCGCGUGCGAAUCCACAAGAUUAACAUUAAUAAUCUAUUCGAAUUUUUGUCAAGAAGAUUUUGGAAUUUUCAUAUAGAAUACAUAAAAUUUCACAGAGUAAAAUAAACCAUUAAAUACCAAAGAUGACAUCUGAAGUGGUAAAAUUUAGAAAGUUGAGGACAGUGAUGAAAGAUGGAACUUUUUGGGCAAAAUUUACAGAAUUAAAAAUAGACAAAUUGAAAUUAGACGAAGAGUCUAAGAUACAUUUAUGGGCAAGUUUUGAUCUUGAUGAGUAUGUAGAUGAUGGACUCACUACUCACUUGACACUUAAUUGUACAUCAUUUAAUGAAAAUUUGGAUACAACUUCUCACAAUUCAGGAGUAGCUUGCUAUGGAUAUAUGAUUAAUACAAAUACUUAUGAAGCAUUUAGACAGAUAAAUCAUGAAGAGUUUAUUGACACCAUGGGCAAAUGCAUUAUUGAUAGCAUUAUAGAUGGUACAGCUUUGCAAGAGCCUUGGCGUCUCUCGAUAUUCUUUAUGAUUGCAUAUUCAGAUUUGAAAAAGUAUCGAUAUUUUUAUUGGGUUGCGCAUCCGACUCCUUUCACAUUGCCAGAAAUUCGUUUGAUUAAAUUAGAGAACAUAUAUGUUGAAUUUACAAAGAGUCAAUUAGAUAAAUUGCGAAAAGAUUUCCUUCACUUGGAUGCAAAAUCAAAGAACUUUUUCGCAAUUUUUGUAUCUGAGGAUGAUUUAAAUAUUGCGGAUUUGUCAAAAGGAGUGGAAUAUAUAAAAUUAAACACUAAUAGCCGUGGAGAUCCAAAACAGGAAGGGAUUAAAGUGUAUUUUGUAUUUUAUGAUCCUUGGGCAACUAAUGAACCUGGAUGGCCCUUGCGAAACCUUUUGUGCCUAUUAUUGUGGCAUUGCCCUACAUAUUGUUUGACACACAAUAUUAAAGUUGUAGCUAUAAAGAAUAUAUUUGAAGAAGGUCUGCGAGAUCGUGUAUUUACACUUAAAAUCAAAGCUAAGGAUGUGGAAAGUAUAAGGAAAGCUAUUUCUGAGGAUCAUUUAGUAGGUUGGGAAACUAAUAGACAUGGAAAAAUGGGUCCAAAUAUAGAUAUUUUAGCCAAGUUCAUGAAUCCUAUCAAUUUAUCAGAUGCAGCGGUCAAUUUAAAUUUGAAAUUGAUGAAAUGGCGUCUUGUCCCUAAACUAAAUUUAGAAAAGAUUAAUAGUCUAAAAUGCCUUCUGUUGGGUGCUGGUACAUUAGGAUGUUCUGUAGCGAGAGCACUCGUUGGCUGGGGUGUUACUAUUAUAACAUUCGUAGACGGCUCUAAUGUCUCUUUUACUAAUACAGUACGUCAGAGUCUAUAUACAUAUACAGAUGCGAAGGAACAUCGAUUCAAAGCGCUUGCCGCGAGAGAUGCUUUGCUCGACAUACGUCCUAACAUGAUCGCAGACGGUGUGGUUUUGGAUAUUCCUAUGCCAGGUCACGUGGUCGGCGAAAGCAUGAUGGAAACAACCAAGGAAGCUGUGAGAAAAUUGGAAAAACUCAUAGCCGAUCACGAUGUGGUGUUCUUGUUAUUGGACUCGCGUGAAGCCAGAUGGCUGCCAACCCUCUUAUGUGCCAAAAUGAAUAAAAUAGCCAUUAAUGCUGCUUUAGGCUUUGAUUCGUAUACAGUACAACGGCAUGGCACGCGUGAUCUUGACGAUAUUGUCGCACCCAAUCUAACGAUACAAAAUCCUGUAGGACGAGAUCUUGGAUGUUAUUUUUGUAAUGAUGUAACUCAACCCGGAAAUUCACAAACGGACAGAACACUUGAUCAACAAUGUACCGUCACUCGACCGGGUUUGUCGCAAAUCGCUGCAGGUUUAGCAGUUGAAUUACUCGUGGCCAUAACACAACAUCCAGAAGGAAUUUCAGCUAGGGCGUUUAUGAAUAACGAUAGCAAUGAUUGUCAAGCGAAUAGUUCGUCGAUAGGAUUAUUAGGUGGCAUACCUCAUACAAUACGGGGUUCGCUUUGGAACUAUGAAACGAAACUGACAGUCACACACAGAUUUCCAUCCUGUACAGCUUGUUCUAUACCUUUAAUUAAAGAGUAUGACUAUAGUCGUUUUAAUUUCGUACUCAACUCUUGCAAUGUGCCAAACUAUCUUGAAAAAUUAUCAGGUCUUGAAGAAAUAUUGAAAAGACCAAAUUUGGAUGAGUUAUGUUACACAAUGGACAGUUCAAGUGAAGAUGAAGAGGCAAAAACUAUAAUUUAAAUGAUAUGGAAAGUGGAAAAAUUCACAUAAGAAACAUAAUUUAGAUACAAACUAUUUGCACUGUUUAUAUAUAAAAAUGAUAUAUGAUAUUUAUAUAUAUACAAAAUAUAAAGAAAGAUAACAUCCAAAGGAUUUCAUCAAAGUAACACACAUUCUAUAAAAUCAAAAGCUUUAAAUACAAAAAUUUGUUAAUACAUAAGAAAGAUAUACUGUAAGUAAAAAGUCUGCUUCUUUAAUU